AUGAAUGAGUCAAACAUCUCACAGUACUACACUCAACUGCAUGAGUUCCUGCGAUGUGAGGAGCACAAGAUCAAGCGGCCACUGAUCAAUGAGCGAGAGGAGACCGAGAAAAAGGUGGAGUUAUUGCUCGAGGAGAUCAAAUUCAUCAACUUUGUCAAGUCAAGCGCUGCUAGUUGUCGUGCUGGUGCUGGCGGUGAGGACGUACCAAGUCCAGGCUCAAUGGACAGUGGACAACUACUCAAUGAUCAUCAUCUGUGCUCAAAGAGAAAGUACGACGAAAUGGAUAGUGACGAUAGCAUCGACUAUGAUGACGAGGGCAACAUACACAUGAACAUUCAAUCAAUACUGGACUCUAUCAAGUCGAUACAGAGCGUCGAUCAAUUUAUCAAUGUCAACAAAAACACACUGUUCAAGGUAGGUGGCGGUCUGAUGGCAAGACGUCCAAUCGAGUUCAUGUCAAUGAUGGGCAAGUGUUUGGAAAUACGUGCCGCCAACGAAGCGCUCAAGCCACCAACGCCAUACGAGAUCACUCUUCAUGAUAUCAAACAGACCAAGAACACAUUGGCCAGUCUCUACGAGCUGUAUCAUGAGUAUGACAGUCGUAGUCACUCAACCGCAAUGAUAUUCACCACCGGCGAGACUGGCAGCUAUAUAUUGGACGUGGCCAAGAACAAAUGGACAAAGAUUGAGGAUGACUCUACUCGUCGAGUACAGCCUCUCAACUCUGUGGUGGCAGCUGGUUCAAACGUCUAUGUUUUUGGUGGCGUGGACUUGGACACCUACGGUUGUUUGUCACUGGAUGACCUCAAGUGGCAGACACCAUUGCCCAUUACAACUGGGGAGGGUGGCUCGGGAAUAUCAACAUGCUUUGAUGGCCAGAAGUACAUCUAUUUGAUUGGCGGCAGUCACAACAAGAACAACCUAUCGCGAAUCGAUCGCUUCAAUGUACACUCCAAGAAGUUCCGUCGUGUUGGUGACAUUGGUCAGGGACGCGUUGGCUCCCUAAGCUUCUUCCACAAGGACCAAGUGUAUAUAGUUGGCGGUUUGCGUCGCCAGUCCGAUUGGCGAUCGAUCUUGGCGUUCAACACCAAGACACUCAAGGUAUCAACGUUCAUGGAGGACGUUGGAUUCAAGGAUUGGAUCGUCGGUUCAUGUUUUGACGGCACGGAUCUCAUCUACAUCCUGGACAAGGCAAAGAACUUAUUCAGCAUCUCAAUCUCAACAAAGCAUCGCAAACUGUUGGCAGUGGCACCAUUCCAAUCGGAUGCAAUCUGCUCCGUCGUAUUUGUACAGAACACACAAAGUGCCGAAUGCAAAGGAUUAUUAUACUUCUUAUUUGGCAGCAAGAUUGGCAAUCAGUACUAUAACGUUGGUAAUGAUAGUUGGGCCAAGGCAGACGACAAUGACACUGUACCCUGUCGUAUUGCCAAUGGAUCAGCUAGAUUCAUGCUGUCGGACUCACAACAACAACAACAACAACAACAACAAAUAACCGUUACUCACUUGGACUGA